CACAUAAUACAACCGUGUUAUCGCUUGUAUGUCAACAAUCAUAUUAAUUGUCGUACGAAUCCUCUAUAACAGUCCAUUUUUACCGUUGAUCGAAGGCACACCCCCCCUUCAAUUUAUCUCCGCUCCACUGACCCCCUAUGACAAGCGGCUCUCAAAUAAAUUUUACUUUGCACACACGGCCAAUCACGCAUGUACAGUACAAUUACGAUGGCGAUCUCAUCUUUGCAUGCUCCCUUGAUUCCAUAAUAUCGCUUUGGGAUACAGAGGGCAAUCUCAAAGGAACGUAUAAUGGUCACCAAGGCGCUGUAACAUGCAUGGACCAGACAGAGGAAGAUUUGCUAACGGGCAGCGGUGAUCGGUCCGUUAUACUAUGGGAUAUAACGACCGGCAAGCAGAAAUUGUCCAUGUCGUUUAAAAGUACCGUCAAAAGCGUCAAUAUAAACGAUAAUGAUCUUCUGAUCUGUUGCGACGACAGCUACAACAAUAAGCCUGCGCUCAAUUACUAUGAUGUACGAAGUAAUUCGUUGAUAUUUAGUCUAAAUCUUGAUUAUAUUAUCACCUCGUCCGUCCUGAAAAAACAGUUCUGCAUCUUCGCUGACACCGAAGGGAACCUCAAAAAAUUUGAUUUCAGGAAGAAUGAAACAGUACACAACAGCAAAAUACAUAAUUCUAAGAUCAAUGAGAUAAAACCAAGUCCCUGUUCCAAGUACUAUGUCAGCUCGUCUAAUGAUGCCACCACUAAGAUCUUUGAUUCUGACCUUAAGGAGAUCAAAAUGUUCCAGUCAACCGAGCCGGUAAACUCUUCGUCAAUUUUUUCAGAGAAUAACAUACUCGUUAAUGUAGGAGGUAUUCCAGCGCGCGAUGUCACUUUGACAAGAGGUAAAAGGAAAUUUGAUGUAAAUUUCUACGAUAUUGUGAAAGAGGAAAGGGUUGGGUUCUACUCCACACAUUUUGGAACGAUUAAUACAGUAGAUGUGGCCAGGGAUGGCAGAUCAUUCGCCAGUGGAGGAGAAGAUGGAAUUGUUAUCAUGGUAAAUUUGGGUGAUGAAUUUUAUUCGGCACCGUUUACCCAGAUUUAA